GUUCACUAAACCGCGGAUCGGCGCCUUAGCACGCAACAGUGGGUAGCACCCGACCCGCCAGAAUUGGUCCACUAACAUCGGGGAUGCGGUGGCCGAGACAAAGCCAAAGUUUGAAGUCUUUCGGGGUUCCAGGCACCGUGCCGAUGGGGGCCAACCCUGUGGGAUUCAGUCCACUGCCGCGCCGCUUGCUGUGCCGUUGGGCCGCCGCGGGCCCGGUGCCGGGGGAGGGGCGUUUCUGUUGGCACUUGGGACCCCCCCGCGCCGACUCAUUCCUUUGUUGCCCGUUGACCUCGGACUUCCUCCGGUCUUCACUUGACUUUUUCACUUCACCUCUAUUCUUUAGAACCUUUCAUUGUACAACUUCUCACCUAAAUCACCUUCUACACAAUCCCAAAUAUACUAAACAGAGUCAAAAUGGGAUCCAACGACUCCUCCUCCCUCCCCGCCUUGGCCACCAACCCCAAGUUCGUCUUCUUCACCGACUUCGACGGCACCAUCACCCAGCAAGACAGCAAUGACUUCAUGACCGACACUCUAGGGUUCGGCCCGGCCCUCCGUAAGAAGGGAAACGAGAGCGUCCUCUUCGGCCACCGCGACUUCCGCGACAGCUUCUCGGAGAUGCUGGACAGCAUCAGCACGCCCUUUGACCAGUGCAUUGAGACUCUGCUCAAGAACAUCACCCUCGACCCUGGAUUCAAGGAGUUCUUCCACUGGGCCAAGGAGAUCAACAUGCCGAUUGUGAUUCUCAGUGGCGGCAUGGAGCCUGUAAUCAGGGCGCUGUUGGCCCAUUUCUUGGGCAAGGAGGAGGCGGAUAGCUUGCAGAUCGUCAGCAACCAGGUGGCUGUUAGGCCGGGAAAGAAGAGUUUGAAUGAGGAGGGAGGGUGGAUGAUCACUUACCACGAUGACAGUGGAUUCGGCCACGACAAGUCCCUCGAAAUCCGCCCCUACGCCAACUUGCCCGCCGACCAGAGGCCAGUCCUCUUCUACGCCGGCGAUGGCGUCUCGGACCUCUCAGCUGCCAAGGAGACGGACCUUCUCUUUGCAAAGGCUGGAAAGGAUCUCAUCACCUACUGCGAAAAGGAGAACGUGCCCUUCACCACGUUCCACGACUUUACCGAGAUUCUCGCUGUGGUCAAGGACAUUGUUGCGGGCAAGGUGACCGUCAAGGAGGCUGCUGUUGGCAGGAAGUGAGCUAGCUACCCCCCUCCACCGAGCGUCUGUCGGUCUGUCUAGUCUUGUUCCUAUUUCUUUCCGCUCAGCGUUUAUUUUAUUUUUCUUCCUGGACACUAUUCUAGACGGUGCACAGGAGUGAUUGGUUGGUUGCUUGGUUGGUUAGUAGCAGGCUACUUAUGCCACUUUUCCUCCAGAUAGAAGAACUCUUAGAAGAAGACAAAAGAAGGAAGCGGUUGUUCUUCUGAAUGUUAUAGACAAUAGAAGUAUGGGUCAUCACUGUCCUCCC